AUGACAACACCUGAUCCUACACUCAUUCUUAAUUCAAUAGCAGACUCCAGAAAACAACUUUCAGAAGUUUUAUCCGGUGUCACACCAGAUGAUGUCUUGAUCUCAGGUAUUUUGAAUUUUGUAAGAUCCAAAUUCUUAGGGUUAAUCAUCAAGGAUGUCAAUGAUUCUAUUAGAAAGUUCUCAGAUGCUUCAAAUGGCUCUGAUAUUCCAUUGGCUCAAGACUCAAAUACUGUUAGCUCCACACAAUCAGCUGAAGCUUUAAUUGACAAAAUAUGGACUGAAUUUUACCAUCCGGUGUUCAAGUAUUAUCAAUCGAUAGCUCAAGAUUUAAAACAUCAAGAAACUCAUUUAAAUAAGAAAAGAACCGUUGAACUAAGGAAGUUGAAUGAUAAUUUUAGAAAAGCAGCCAAGCUAGCUGCUGCUUUUUAUUUAGAUUUGCUCAAGCAUACUUUAACACAUCAUAAUUUAGGGUUUAUUGUUCCAACUUCAUUUUAUAAUUUCUUGGGAUUAACAAUAGAGAAGAAUGCAAUUUCAAUUGAAAAAUCUGAUAGAAAUACAAUUGUAAAGUUGGUUUAUAUGGUUCAUCGUUCCUUGUUAUUUCUAGGUUCUACAUCACGUUAUAGAAGUACACUAUCAAGAUUUCUUCCGAAGGCAGAUCAUGAAAACUUUGAUCGUGCAUUAGAGUUUUGUCAUUAUUCUGAAUUACUUCUUCCUGCAUUUGGUGAAGCUAGAAAUCAUAUUGGUAUGGUUUAUAAUGCUCAAGAUGAUAAACUUUUAGCUGCAUAUGAAUUCUUAAGAUCUGCAUUAGCAAGAACUCCUUCAAAAUUGGGAUCUGCAAACUUCAAUGUUUGUAUCAACAGUACUACACAAAUCAUUGAUGAUCUCAAUAGAUUAAGACUGGAAAACAAUAUCAACAACAAGAAUCGUCACAAAUAUUUAUCUACUUACUUCCUUGCAUUAUAUGGUUAUUAUUUCAACCCAAGUAAAUGGAAGAGAUCUGAAGGAUAUUUCAUCAACGGUACUCCCGUGAAAGAUGUUAAAGCUGAUCUUUUCAAGCUUUUGACAGGGAUUGCUUCAAAAGGACAAGAUGUUUUCCUAUUCCAAAAACUUUUAAUUUUAUUGAUUGGUGGUAUAUCCUUAUCAGGAUCAUCAAAUAAUUCAACAUUAAGUCCACAAGAUAAAGAAUCGUUUAAGUUUACUUUUGAAUUUAUUGAAAUCAUUGAAAGAUUUUUCGUUGAACAAUGGUCUCUUGAUAAAUUCAAAAGUUUGAAUCUAUUACCAUUAUUACGUCUUGUUUUAACCUGGUUGAGAACUAAUAAAAAUGCUCUACAAUAUGCUCAUAGAGAUUUGAAUUUCCUGAAAAAUACUGCUUCAGUAUUAAAUUUGUUAUUUAAACAUGUUCCUGAUCAUGAUUUCCAACAAAUUCCAACUAGAACACAAUAUUUCAUGGAAGAUGUUGGUUUAAGAGAAUUUACACCAAUCAACAAAUUGUUCCGUGAUUUUGAUGAUGCACCUAUAUUCAAUAGCCCUGAUAUUUUUUUCAAAUUAUUAGGUGAAGAUGGUGAACAUGUUAACAAGGAGGAAAAUAAAUUGAGAAUUUACUCUGUUGGUUAUCUGGGGAAGAAAAUUAUCAAUGCAAACCGUGUUGGUAUUAAAUUUGAAUCUGAUAAAAAUCAAUUCAAUAUUGACGAUGCUAAAGAAAUUAAAAGAGUUGAAGUUCCUGGUGCUCAAUUUAAAACUCAACCAAAGAAUUCAGCAGUACAAUCUGAAACCGCUAACGCUAAGAAAAAUAGAAGAAAGAGAGGUGCAAAUAAAAAGGCUAGAGAACAAGAGCAAACACAAGCUCAAGUUCAACCUCAAUCUCAAACCCAAAGUGGAACACAACCUUCAAAAGCCAUUUCAGUUUCCCAAUCAAGUUCUGAAUCUGAUGGUGUUAUUGAAAUUUCAGAAACCACUUUUAAACAAAAAGUUGAAAAUCCUGUUAUUGUUAAUAAAGAAACUGCAAUCACCAAAGGUCUUGAAAAGGUUUCAGUUUCUAAUAAACCAACAACUUCACAUCAAGCAGUAUUAAGUAUUGAAGAAUUGGAAUCCAAACUCACAAAUGCUAGAAAAGAUCAAAAUUAUGCUACAAUGGUUGAUUCUUUAGUUGAUGAUGCAUUUAUUUCAAGAUCAAUUAAUCAAACUCCAAAUAAUGAAAAUAUUAAUUCAGGUUGGUCAUCACAAGGUGUUAAUCAAUCACCUCAACCUUCUAAUUAUAAUAAUUCAUUUUCACAAAACUUAAAUGGAUUAAAUGGGUUCAAUAAUUUCAAUGCUAAUAACAAUGCUAAUGUCAAUAACAAUAACAAUUUUAAUCAAUCACCAUUCACUAAUACAUCACCAUUCCCAUCAUAUCAAAAUUAUUAUCCAAUGUAUCAACAACAACCAAAUGUUUCUAAUCCAAACUUACAAUCAGCACCAACCAAUAACAUGUAUCAUCAGUAUAAAGAUCUUUAUGCACAAUAUCAACAACCUCAACCACAACCACCACAACAACAGCCUUUACAACCUUUACAGUCUCAACAACAACAAGCUCAACAAGCUCAACAAUCAUAUUAUAACUAUGCAGCAUAUCAACAAUACUACUACCAACAACAACAACAACAGCAACAACAACAGCAACAGCAAAUGCCAACUACACCAAAUCAAUUUCAAUAUGGUAAUCCAGAAAAUGGUAAUAAUUCUACACCUCGUUAA